AUGGUACCUUUCUUCAACAACUUUGUCAUGCACUCAAAGACCCCAAGAGAUGGUAACUCGGAGUUCUCUGGGUCGGCCAUGGCCAAUCUCCAGAUGAAACUGAGGAAGAAACAACACGGUGUGAAACCGACAACAACGUGGGUCCUUCUGGCCAUCUUGUUUGUACUCCUGCAAGAGAAGUGGUCCAUGAAAGAUCUGAGAUUUGCUUGGUGUGUUUUGGCUGUUUUUGCUGAUUAAAGAAGUUUAUUACGAAAACGGAAAAAUAGGGUUUAUAUGUGAUCCAGGUAGAUAUGCAGAUCAAUGUGGGUUUUAUUGUUUAUUUGAAAAGUGAAACUAAAGUGGCCUAGUGAUGUUGAUUACAUCUAGCGGCCGCAUGAGAAAGUGAAAAUGCAAAUGGUCGUUUUUGUUUAAACAAUCCAAAAAUAUAGGUUUUGUAGUUCAGUCGUUAACUUCUGGCACAUUUUGUGAUUGUAAACAAUUGAUUAUUAAGUAAAUUAGAGAAAUUUUUGUUACGGGUA